UUUUCAAUCUUCACCAAUUUCCAAGAAACACCCUUUCGUGGAUUGCCUCUUUACAUCCACACAUAGUUAGAUACCUAUAUAUAUAUGUAUGUAUGCCAUCUACUAAUCCUAUAAUACUUCAACCAAAAUCUCUGUCCCAUCAAUCAUCAAAGCCCCUCAAAAAAUAUCUUCCCUAUAAGAAAUGAACUGCGAUGAUCGAAGCAUCCCAAGAUUGGUGAGGAGCCUCAAGAAAGGUUACAAAGGCAAGAAAAAGAAGAGCGACCAACUCAAAGUGGUUUACAUUUCUAGCCCCAUGAAGGUCAAGACGAGCGCCUCGAGAUUUAGGUCACUUGUGCAAGAACUCACAGGUAUAAAUUCUGAUGUGUCCCAAUACAUGGAUGAGAACACAAAUUAUUUGGCGAAAGACUUCUAUCAUGAGAUUGAUUGUGACGAUCAAUCUCUGGCUAAGCAGAUGAACGACGGCCAAAACCAGACUUAUUCGUCGGUAUCUACCGAAGAUACCCCUACUAGCUCCGACUCCUUCCAAGAGCAGAUGGACAUUAGUGUGUUCACUUCUCAAAUGAGAGAGCAAUUUCAAGGGAUAUUUUCGUCCAAUUCGUUUUAUGACCCUUCGCAACUUGAUGUUCUUGGAAGCUUCGAUGAAUUGCUAUGAAAUUAUUUUUUUUAGUGUUUAUAGGCCAUGGUCAGUAUCACUCCAUUUGUAUUUUUUACUAUCUUUGUAUCAUAUGUUUAUACAAUCUUGUAGGAUAAUAUUGCUUCGCUUA